AUGUUGAAGCAGAGAGAACAGUUCGACAAUGUAUCAGCUGAAGAGCUGAAGGUUUUCAAAGUGCUCGAUUGGAAGAUGAUGGCCCUAGCAGCUCACGCUCCAUUGUUACUGAAGCACGUGCAUGGUAAGGCCAGAUUACCAUACUCAAAAAGGGUUGCCAAGCAGCAACAUGUCUUUCAAGAUGACCAGUCUGCACAACCAGGCCCAUUGAAUCCAUUGUUUGAUGAGCCCAUACCAUACAGGCAGCAGCACAUCCCUGAUGAUGAUGAAUCUUCACAAUCAGGUUCACCGAACUCAUUGCUUGAUAAGCACUCUGAUGAUGAUGAGGGGAGCCAAGCAGUGGUGCAUCUCUGA